AGAAUCUAGUCAACAGCGUGUUUGAAUUGAGUGAUUUUUUUCUAGCAAAUUUCAUAUUUUUUAGGUGAAUUUUACAUUCGGUUAUCGUCAAAUUCUGUCGAUGUUUUUAAAACGAAUGGCCUGAUUAACUUCAAUCAGCUUGGCUUGUCAAUUUAAGAAUUGCAAGUGAAGUUUGCCUUGUUCUUUUUCCUUCUUUUCAAAAAGGAAAAUAUUGGUAAUUUGUUCAUUUAAAUCGCUGUUUUCUUUCGUUAUCGUCACUUAUCUCAUUAGUGGACUGACAUGUUACGUGAAGGACUGAGGAGAUCUAUACGUAUACUUGAUCCAUUAGUAAACUUACAUCGAUAUAGUCCAAAUUUGCGUCAAGUGAAAUGCAAUUUUCAUACCUCAACAUCUUAUUGUGCUCGUAAAAAUUAUUAUGAGCUCCUUGGUGUUUCUAGGAAUGCUAGUCAAAAGGAUAUAAAGAAAGCUUACUAUCAAUUGGCCAAAAAGUAUCAUCCAGAUUCGAACAAAGGUGAUCCAGAAUCAGCUAAGAAAUUCCAAGAAGUUUCCGAGGCAUAUGAAGUGCUUUCUGAUGAUACAAAGAGACGUGAAUAUGAUCAAUUUGGCUCUGCAGGGGCAAAUAAUUUUGCCGGUAGCGGUGCAGGAACGUCUGGUUUUCAAGGUUUCAAUUCCUCUAUUGACCCAGAGGAACUUUUCAGAAAAAUAUUUGGAGAAUAUAAUUGGAAUGCAUAUAAUCAACGCACUGGUCAAGAUUAUGAAUUUUCUGAAACUGAUUUUGGUUUUGGAGCUGCUCAAGAGGUUAUUUUGAAUUUAACAUUUAGAGAAGCAGCCAGAGGCUGUGAUAAACAAGUUAAAAUUAAUAUUUUAGAUACUUGUCCUACUUGUUCAGGAUCCCGCUGUGCUGAAGGUCAUAAACCUAUCCGAUGUCCUUAUUGUAAUGGCACUGGAAUGGAAACAAUUAGCACUGGUCCUUUUGUAAUGAGAUCAACAUGUAGGAUGUGUCAUGGUACUAGGUUAUACAUUCAAAAUCCCUGCACUAAGUGUGAAGGUAAAGGAAGCACACUUCAACGUCGAACGGUUGAUAUACCAGUUCCAGCGGGUGUUGAAGAUGGUCAAACAUUGCGAAUGCAAGUUGGAAAUAAAGAAUUGUUUAUCACAUUCAAAGUGGCAAAAAGUGAUUAUUUUAGAAGAGAAGGUGCUGAUGUCCAUACUGAUGCAACUAUUAGUUUAUCUCAGGCUGUUUUAGGAGGUACAAUUAGAAUAGAAGGUAUCUAUGAAGAUUUAACUAUCAAAGUACCUUCUGGAACAUCAUCACAUACUAGAUUAAGAUUAGCAAAUAAAGGUUUAAAAAGGAUCAAUAGUUAUGGUAAUGGUGAUCAUUAUGUACAUUUCAAAAUUAAGAUACCAUCUAAAUUGUCUUCAAAACAAAAAUCAUUGAUGAUAGAUUAUGCCAAAACAGAGGAGGAAACACCAGGUUCUAUCGAAGGCUUGGGAGCUUGAAAAUUGCUAGUGUUAUAUGUUCAUAUUAUUACCUUCAUUGAGAGACUUCGUAUAUUUAAAUAACUAAAUAUAUAUAUAUGUAUCAUGUCUUCAAUUUAUACAAAUCAUUGUCUAAAUUAGUAACUAAAAAACAAAGAUUUAAGUUAAAGUUAAUAGUUUCACUUUAC